UUUUCACUGCUGAUUUUACACUUGCAACAAUGAAGUUUUCAGUGCGAGUGUUCGUUAUAUUUUUUAUAAAUAUCAGCCUAGCAUGGGCGACUUGGAUUCAACAGGAUACCUACCACUGUGAUGAGAGCAACAAUGAAGAAUAUGAUUGCAUAUUUGACUGUCCACUGAAAUGUGAUACACUUUAUGAAAGAUGUGUAACGACUUCUUGUUUAUUCUGUCAACCAGGCUGUUACUGCAAGAAGGGAUACGCUAGGCGCAACGACGGAUGCUGUAUACCAGCCUGUGAAUGUUUCCCCUAAUUUAAAGAACUUUUUCGGAUUUAAAUAAAUGUUAGUAAUAAAAA